AUGGUGACCCCGCUUGCACUUCUUGUGAUUGCUAUCGCCCCGGUUAUAGCUUCACCAGCACUCAAGAUCAUAAAGUACGGUACUACUCCAAACGGCUUCAGCUCUCCGGCACGUGGCUGGAACUCAUUUGGGCUCCAGGCAAAUGGCAACACUGCACCAGGAUGGUCAUUCGAUCAAUCCCAUGUGCAAGCCCAGUGUGACGUUUUGGCUUCCAAGCUUCAUACGGGAGGCUAUACAUAUUGCAGCUUAGACUCUGGGUGGUCUGAGGGGUCCAAUGGAGACCAGUAUGGCCGUAUAAUCCCCGACAAGUCCAAGUUUCCUGAUCUUUCUGGUUUUGCUACCCACCUUCACAGCCGAGGGCUUCAGCUGGGUGUCUAUGUUGUUCCAGGAGGUUUCAUAGCUGACAAGGCAAAACACAUUUACGGUACCACUACCACAAUCGGUUCCGUUUGUAGUGGUGACAAUGGGCUUGUCCGCUGCAAUUGGGACUACACUCGACCAGAGACACAGAAGUGGUUCAACUCUGUUGCCAACCAGUUUGCGUCUUGGGGUGUAGACUUUAUUAAAUUAGACUACAUCACACCUGGGUCUCCCAGCAAUGGCGUCAAUCUUCCCGCUGACGAAAGCGGAGAGGUCAUCGCCUGGCACAAAGCAAUCGCCCAAUGCGGCCGCCAAAUUCGACUCGACAUUUCUUGGAAGCUUGACCGUUCGAAAAAGUAUUUUUCAAUUUGGAAUCAACAUGCAGACUCCAUGCGAACCGAUCAGGACAUCAAUAACUCUGGUUCUAGCACCCUUGUGAACUGGGGCACAGUCCAGCGUGCUGUUGAAAAUUAUCGACAAUUUAUUGUUGCAUCCUUGCAAUAUUUUACCAUUAUAAACACUCAUCCAGACUUGGACAAUCUCUAUGUCGCAAAUGAUCCUUCUGUGGAUGGCAUUACCUAUGCGCAGCAGCAAACCAUGAUGUCGCAUUGGAUUGGAGCGGGCGCAAAUCUCAUCCUCGGCGAUGACCUCACCAAGCUUAGUAGUUUUGGUCUGUAUCUUUUAACGCAUCCCGCGGCCCAGGGUAUUACGUCUUUUACCGCUCAGUAUCCAAUGCAACCCAGAAAUCCGGGCAGUGGUAACCAAGGCCCUAAACAGAUGCAGGCAUGGAUCUCUGGUCCCAGUCCGUCUGGUGAAGCCGUUGUCCUGUUGGUCAACUACGGGCCGGAUCAAGGUCAGGGAGGGUUUGGAACCACAACUCCAGGCUCACAGCACAUGACAAUCUCAUACGCCGAUCUUGGAAUUAAACCACCAUACAAAGUAUACGACGUUUGGAAUGAUAAUUACUGGGGGAACGUCUCCGCUGGUCUUGAUGUUGGUAUUGGAGAAGGGCAGAGCUUUUUGCUGCACCUGACCCGUCCUUAA